AGGCCUCGGCCUUAUCGCAUUUCCUUUGCUGGUUCGGUCGGGCAAAAGCCGAAGUGGCUCGAGAAGACGACGAAGCAUAGCGUGACCGCAGAAGAAGAGAUGGUGGUGGUGGUGGAAGUCGGUCAUCCUCAUCGGUGUUGCUUAUCGACGCCAUUUCCGCUUUCCUCUGCUCGUUGGCGUGCAUCAUCCUCGAGCGCUUCGCUCACUCCGCCAACUGUACGGAGCUACGGCCGUUCGUCGAUACGGCCCCCGAAACUGAGACUAGGGAGCAGCGCAAGGUCGUUGCCGCCGCCGCGGCGUCUCCGGCUGGCUCCGGCGGCGGCGGCUGCAGGAGUUCCGUCGCCGCCGCUUGAUCUUACGGAAGAGAACAUCCGGCUGGUUCUAGCCGACGCUCGGGUGGAGUUGGCUCAAAUUUUCGACACUUCAGUAGGCAUAACAGGACAAAUUGAGCUUGCGGAACUGGAUGGACCCUUUGUGAAGAUAAGUCUUAAAGGCCGGUUUUGGCACGAACGAUCCAUGGUCCUCGCCAGAGUAGGGAACUAUUUGAAGCAGAGGAUCCCGGAAAUCUUGGAGGUAGACAUAGAAGAUGAAAAGCAGUUGGAUGACAGCCCUGAAAAUUUCUGAUCAGCAUGCUGCUUACUUUCUUGUUCUUGUCCUCCUACCGGGCAGUUUGUGUUGUUGCUUGUGUGAACACAGAAAAUCACAAGAGAAGGAAUCAAAUUCGAGGGGCAUAGGACAGAUUCGAGAGGUGGAAGAAGAAGGGGGACGUAGAAGGAGGAGGGAGGAGAGAAUAUGAGGGAGUUAAUUCUGAUUAAUUUCAAAAAAUUUGCUGUUCCAAUCUGAUGCAAUUACCCAAAAUCUCUCUCUAACAUAGGAUGAUUCUGAACCUGCCUAACAAAUAGUCAUCCUUACAUCCAAUAAAGCUUCUUUCACUUCUUUCCCAAUUUA